GAGUCUUGUCAAAGUUUCUGUUCGUCGGUCGUGUUCCUUCCUUUCGUGUUUACGUGCUACUCGUGAUGGAGUGAAAAUACCAAGUUUUCCACGUAUUUUCCCAUAAUUUCUUAUAAUACUCGCCUAUUUUAUUAUUUCCAUUAUGGAAUAUAUGAAAACUGGCGAUACGCCAUCUAUGGCGUCGAACAGUACGACGAAUAUAAAUAAAAUUCUUUGCUGCGAAUGCGGAACUCCCAUUGAGCCAAAUCCGUCCAAUAUGUGCGUGGCUUGCUUACGCACGCAUGUGGACAUUACAGCCAAUAUUCCCAAACAGGCGGUCGUUUUCUUCUGCCGGAACUGCGAACGAUAUCUGAACCCUCCCAGUGAAUGGGUUCAGUGUAGUUUGGAAUCGAAGGAGCUGUUGUCGGUUUGCUUGAAGCGUUUGAAAGGAUUGAAGGAAGUUAAGCUGGUCGAUGCUGGCUUCGUAUGGACGGAACCUCAUUCCAAGCGGAUAAAGGUAAAACUGACGGUCCAUGGAGAAGUUAUGGAUGGAGUGGUGCUGCAGCAGGUUUUCGUGGUUGAAUUUACCGUCAACAAUCAGAUGUGCGACGAUUGCCACCGGACGGAGGCCAAAGAUUUCUGGCGGUGUUUAGUUCAGGUGCGCCAGAAGGCCAUCAACAAGAAAACACUUUUCUAUCUAGAACAGAUGAUCCUGAAGCACAAGGCUCAUGAAAAUACACUGGGAAUCAAACCGUCCCCAUCGGGAGGAUUGGAUUUUUACUACGCAACUGAUGCCCAUGCUAGGAAAAUGGUCGACUUUGUUCAGGCAGUACUUCCCGUUAAAGUUACUAAUUCGAAGAAACUGAUUUCCCACGACAUCCACAGUAAUUCCUACAAUUACAAAUAUUCAUAUGCGCUGGACGUGGUUCCGAUAUCCAAGGGAAGUCUUGUUUGUUUGAACAAAAAGCUUCAGCAACAACUGGGACAUAUUUCGCCAAUUUGUUUGGUCACUAAAGUGGCUAAUGCAGUGCACCUGAUGGAUCCGCGGACAGCCCAAAUGGCAGAAGUACAGAAUAUGGCAUUCUGGAAGAAUCCAUUCGAAACGAUUUGUAAUCCCAAACAGAUGAUCGAGUUUAUUGUGAUGGAUAUUGAAAUCGUGCGUGACAAUGAGAAAAAGAAUUUCCCGGGACAAGGACCGGUUUCAUACCGUCACGUUUUGGCUGAUGUUUGGGUUGUGAAGGCUUCCGAGUUGGGAAUCAACGAAAAUACUGUGCAUAUACGUUCCCAUCUGGGCCAUUUGCUGAAACCUGGAGAUUCGGUCAUGGGUUACGAUUUGCAGGAUGCCAACAUUAACAAUGCAGAGUUCGAGAAGCUCAAACAAGAAUCCGUUCCCGAUAUUUUGUUAAUCAAGAAGUACUACGAUAAAUCCGCCAGAAAACAGACGCGCAACUGGAAACUGAAACACCUCACCGAAGAUGUAGCUCUGGACACAGAUAUCGAAAAUGACUACAAUGAGUUCCUGGAGGAUUUGGAGGACGACCCAGACUUGCGACAGAAUGUGAACAUCUUCAAAGACAAUUCAAAAGUUAUUCCGGUCGAUGUGAACGAUAUGGCAGAUCCAUCGGCUCCGCGCAUUACAUUGGAAGAAAUGUUGGACGAUUUGGUGCUUGAUGAUGUCGAAAUGGCGGAGGCUUAAUUACCGAGUUAUUUCUGUUGAAAAUAAUGUUGAUUGAAACAUUUAUUGUAGAUUGAUAUUGGCAGGAAAUUACAGUGGAAAUCAAACCGAA